AUGGCAUUUAUUAAAGAGGAGAGUGAAGAUGUGAAGAUUGAAGAAACAUUCAGAGUCAAACAGGAAGAUCCACAGGAACAAACAGACCUGAUGGUGCUGAAAGAAGAGACUCAUCAAUGGAAUGAAAUGGAAGAAAAAAAACACCAAGAAAUAACAACUGAUGAAAAACCCACACUCACUAAAAAGACUUCAUCACGCGGAAGACCUCGGAAAUCCAAAUCUGGGUGUAAUUUCAGCUGUAAACGGUGUAGAAAGAGUUUCAGUCAAAGGUCAAACCUUGAUGUUCACAUGAGAGUUCACACAGGGGAGAAACCUUACACCUGCGAACAGUGUGGGAAAAGCUUCUAUACUAUAGGAAACUUAACAGUGCACAUGAGAAUUCACACUGGAGAGAGGCCGUAUGCAUGCCAAAAGUGUGGGAAAAGCUUCUAUACUACAGGAAACUUGGCAGCGCACAUGAGAAUUCACACUGGGGAGGAGCCUUACUCUUGCCUCCAGUGUGGAAAGAGUUAUAAGCAAAAUGGCAACCUUGAAGUCCACAUGAGAACUCACACUGGAGAGAGAAGCUUUAUUUGCACACAGUGUGGGAAAGGUUUUUCUCAAAAACAAAACCUUACCAUCCACAUGAGGAUUCACACUGGAGAGAAACCUUACACAUGCACAGAGUGUGGUAAAAGUUUCAGAUGUAAAAACACACUCGAUCACCACAUGAUAAGUCACACUGGAGAGAAGCCGUUUGCAUGUGCUCAUUGUGGAAAGAGCUUCACAACCAAAGCUAGGCUCAUGAAUCACACCAAUGGUCACACUGGAACCACAUGUGAUCAUUGUGGAAAGAGUCUCACAUGCAAAGACUCCAUAAAGCAACACAUGAAGAUUCACUCAGGCGAGCGUUUUCGAUGCAGUGAGUGUGGAAAGGGCUUUAAACAUAAAAGAAGCCUCGUCAAUCAUAUGAAGCUUCACAAUGGAGAGAAAAAAUGAGGCCUUGUCAAGCGGAGCUUAAGGCUCUCACCCGGGAUAGCAUGGAAUAGCAUCUCGGGACAAGUGUGAACUCUUGAAUACAUCUCAAGUUACUGGAAUGAAACCUUUUGAACCUGAAGAUUUAAACUCAAUAACUGAAGAGGGGUGAAGAUGUAUCAGGUUGUGAGAGUUUCCACUUCUUCUUUGCAAGAAAGCAAAAUAACUCUAUAUGUGUUUUAAGUUAUUAUGAACUGAGAACCAAAUUUGUGCACAUUGCACACUGCAAUCAAAUGGUCGGCUCUGAAAAGAGAAUUAGAAAGAUUAGGGAGGAGAAAAUGUUUGGGGAGAUGCAGAGAAACCGUCCUACACCCUUAGAUUGUGUUUUUGAUUAUUCACAUUGUUUGAUUUUCACUCCCUUGAACAAACACCGAUUUGCCUCCAAUUUUGGGCUUUUGUCUGCAGUUUCACAAUACUUGUUGGUGAAUAAAAAUCCACCUAAACUCGGCCGGUGUGAACUUGCAAUGACAGUGAGAGACUGAUGCAGACUCCAUAAAGCCCUGAUCAGACUACACAAUGCCAUUUGCCUGUUACAACAGAUCAGAUUUGUGUCAGAUUAUGAGAUUUUGACUUGAUUAAAUCUUGAUGAGUUGUGGGUAACAAAAGAAGACUUUGGUUUCAGAACACUACACAUUUAUUUUGAUGGACUGAUUUUAGAAAAUAAAAACGUUUUCCUGUAUUCAGACAAUUAAACUUUCUGUAGACAACUAGUUUCCCUUAAAGAAAUGUUCAUGUGAAAACUCCCACAUAACUACAAAUAAAUUGGUGUAUGGGAAA